AUCAAAUCAAGACGCUUAUGACCCAAAAAGCUACCUUGUGUUGACAGUUUGACAGCUACGCAGUAAUCGUGCAGUAUUGUCGGAAUUUUACUGCCGUAUUUUUUUCAAAUUUUCUGUUUAUAUCAUCGUAGAUAAGGGUACUAAAGUCAGCGUAAUAACGUAUCAGUGUUGUUAGCUGUGUGAAGUGGUAAAACGCAAUGUCCCGCGCGAUAGGCGGUCGGUGAAAGUGCAAGGUGUUGUGACCGCGAGUGAUCAUAAAACGAGUGGAUAGUGGAUGACGAUGGGCGUGGGUCUGCAGCCUCUAGAGUUCACCGAGUGCCUCGCGGACAGCCCUCAGUUCCGCGAGAAUCUCCAACGUCACGAAAAGGAACUAGAACGAACCAGCCAGCAGAUCAAGCGGCUCAUCAAAGAAGUCAAGGAUGUCGUGCAGGCAGCUAAACGUCUCGGCAGCGCUCAGCUGGCGCUGGCAUCGAGCAUGGAGCAGUUCGAGUUCGCCUGCAUCGGUGCAUCCAUGACGGAAGACGAGCGCGUUAUAGGACGCUCCCUGCACCACUUCGCCCAUCUAAUAAGGACCAUAGAGGAAGAGAGGGAACGAAUGUUGGGCAGAGCGCACGAGCAAAUAAUUCAGCCCCUGGAGAAGUUCCGGAAAGAACAUAUCGGUGCUGUCAAGGAAGGAAAAAAGAAAUUCGAUAAGAAGACUGCGAAGUUCUGUCAAACGCAAGAACGCACGUUGUCGCUGUCUUUGAAGAAACCAGAGACUGUCUUCCAAGAGGCUGAUGCGGCAAUGGACAUGGCCGAGCGCGACUUCUGCCAGGCCUCCCUCGAGUACGUGUUCCAGCUGCAAGCCGUCCAGGAGAGGAAGAAGUUCGAGCUGGUGGAGACGCUGCUCGGCUUCGUCUUCGGCUGGUGGACCUUCCACCACACGGCGCACGACGUCCACGCCGACGCCGAGCCCAGGGUGCGCGAUCUGCAACUCAGGAUACAACGAACGAGGAGUAAUUUCGAAGAGACAAGCAAACAGACUGAAUCACUCAUGAAGAAGAUGAUGGAAGUGCGGCAAAUGUCCAAAGAAGAGGACGGAAGCGACGACGGCCCCGGGGGCGUGUCCAGAGCCGGGUACCUGUUCCUCAUGGAGAAAAAGGCCUUCGGUACGACGACGUGGAGCAAGCAGUUCUGCACGUACGAGAAGAGAUCCCGGAUCCUGACCCUGACGCCGUACAAUCAGAUCAACGUCAAAACGAGCUGGUCUCCCGAGGCCGUGUGUCUGUGCGGCGCCGUGGCUUGCGGUGAGGCGGCGGAGCGGCGUUGGUGCUGGGAGGCAAUCCCCGCAGACCGCGAGCGCAGCCCCCUCACGCUGCAGGCGCUCUCGCAGCGGGACCGCGCCGCCUGGCUCGCGGCCGUCGACGAGCCCCCCGCCGAGAGACACCCGCAGAAAGCAUCUGUGAACAGUGAAGAGUUUGCGUUAGACGAAACGGGAUUCGCCUUCGUGCGGAAGCUGAUAUCCGUGAUAGAGUCGAGGGGGCUGGAGGAGCAGGGACUGUACAGGGUGGCGGGCGUGGCGUCCAAGGUGUCGCGGCUGGUGGCGUGCGGCGCGCCGGGCCGCCGCCUGCCGCCCGCGCUCCACGACCCGCUGGAGUGGGAGACCAAGACCCUGACCUCCGCGCUCAAGAGCUACCUGCGCGCGCUGCCCGACCCGCUGCUCACCCGCGCGCUGCACGACCGCUUCAUCGCCGUCGUCAAGUGCGAGCGGCGGGCGGAGCGCGCGGCGGGCGUGUGCGAGCUGGUGCGCGCGCUGCCGCCGCACAACCGGGACAUGCUGCUGCUGGUGCUGGCACACCUGCGGAAGGUAGCGGCGAAGAGCGAUAAGAACCUAAUGUCGGAGUCGAACCUGGCGGUCUGCUUCGGGCCCACGCUGCUGAGGCCGGAGCGUGAGACGGUGGCGUCCAUACUGGAGCUCAAGUUCUACAACGUGCUGGUGGAGACCAUGCUCGAGAACUACGACGAGAUCUUCGAGGCCGGCCCCCCCGCCCCGCCCGCGCACAACGGCCUGCUCAGAACGUCGCCGACCGCGUUACCGACAGCGUCGAGGAAUGAUAUCAGCUUGGUAGGCGCGGGCGGCAUAGCGGCCGGCGUGGGGCCCGGCGCGCGAUACUCGCCCCACCACCACCAGCUGCUGCAACACUUCACCCACCCGCACCCCCUCGCUCAUGCGGGAGUGGGGCGCUCCAGCAGCAGCUCGGCCGAGUCGGUGUCCAGCGCGUCGCCCCCGCCCGGAGCCCCGGCCUCCGCCCUCCGCCCGCAACGCUGCACGCGCGUGCGCACGCUGUACGCCUGCCUGGGGGAGAGCGACGGCGAGCUGUCCUUCGAGCCCAACCAGAUCAUCACCAACGUGGCGCCCUCGGGGGAGCCGGGCUGGCUGCGCGGCUCGCUCAACGGCAAGACGGGGCUCGUGCCGGAGAACUACGUCGAGCCGCUGCCCUAGGGCGACCCCCCACCCCCAGACACACGCGACUAUACGCUAUAUACUGGUGGUGGGACCUCUUUAUGAGUCCGCGCGGGUAGGUACCACCACCCUACCUAUUUCUGCCGUGAAGCAGUAAUGCGUUUCGGCUUGAAGGGUGUGGCAGCCGUUGUAGAUCUUAGAACUUACAUCUCAAGGUGGGUGGCGCAUUAACGUUAUAAAUGUCUAUGGGUUCCAGUAACCGCUUAACACCAGAUGGGCUGUGAGCUCGUCCACCCAUCUACGCAAUAAAAAAAAACGCUAUUGCAAUUACGAAGUCCCUUUUGACACUUCUUACAACGUGACUCUUCAAGUUUCGCAUGAUUUGAAUUAAUAAUCAUUUUUUGUUCAUGGUAGUAAAUCAUCGUUUAAAAAUACACAAUCAAUCUAAAUCAUUAUACAAUUAAUUCACACACGCAAUAAUAUAAUAAUAACAUCUGUCUCAUGGGUUAUUCGUAAUUGUAAUAGAGUAUAGGAUUUAUACAUUCCGCUGAGAUGUUGGGGAGGAGAUUCGGAGAGUAGCCGAUGGGAUAUUGUACUGGCGGCCCCCCGGGAGACACUGGGGGAACCUGGGGGCGCUGCGGACCCUGGUCCCCCCUCGGAUGAUAUUAGAUUUGUUAGAUGAAUUGUGUUCAUUAAGUACAUUUAUAAUUCAGAUACGUUCGUACGUAGACUUGUCUAAGUGCUUGCCAUUCUGUACCUACAUUCUUGUUACAUUCCAUUAUCUUGUAGUCAGUGGCGACGUCGGGUGUAGCAGUAUUGUCACGUUAUUAAAUCAUAUUUUUUGUAAAUAUACUCUUAAAUCGGCUUUAUAGAGAACCUAAUAAAAUUUUAAUAUAUUAAUUUAGUAAUAAUUGUAUUUAUAUGAAGCAUGAAAUAUCUGCGUAUUUGUGAAAAAAAAUUUGGAAAUCUUUACCGGAUCUUGUCAAUUAUCGAUAUCGAAAAUUUUUGGAGAAUUUAAGUAAUUUGUAAACGAACAAAAUAAAAUCACACAUCAAUAUACAUAUCGUAACUAUUGCCAUAAUAUUGUCUGUCCAUUUGUGUUGAGGCUGUUUAUUUGUAGUUGAUGUGCGCGGGCGAGACCGCGGGCAAUACUAUGUGUUAGUCGAUAGUUGCAGCGGAGUGCUGGUCCCGCGCGUCCGGGAGGGAGCCCUGCCCUCCGUGGAGUCCCACGUUGCCACACAUGUUAUACCAGAUUGGAAUAUAGGUCCCAUUUUAUAUCUGUGAUCUGCCGCGCGUGCUCCAUAACCUCCCUUCAACUGUUUUUCUACUCACCUUAAGGCCAAGCACUGUCUCCGUAAAAAAUCCGACUCUUCAAUUGGUCACUUAAUGUUAUCAGAUAAAGUUCCUUGACCCGAGUCAGAUUAGUAAAGUGGAGAAAAUAGGUGAUGGCCAAUUAAAAAAACAAUUCGUUAAUUUAAAAAAAAAGUACUAUUUUUUUAAUCUAAAAAAAUCUUUGUUGUAUUUAAUACAUAUUAAUUUAUCUUCACUGUAAACUGUUGAAGUUUUGAAGUAAUUUCCAUUUUUUUUUAAAGUUCCUACCAUAGAUCUCGUGUGACCAGCACUGAAGCUAAAUAUAUUUCCAUUUUUAUAGUAGUUAUAAUUAUUAACGUACGCAUUAAAACGCGACACCAAAUAAUAUUUAGUUUUUACGUUGUUGAUUCUUUUAUACGUCUGUAUAUUUUGUAAAUAAGAGUUUGUUGAUAUUUUAACUAUUUAUACAUAUAUAUUAUUAUAUAUACAUUAUGAUUAUUAUACUUUGUUGUGAAAUUUCUACCAAAUAUACUGUAAACUGUAUUAAUGUGUACGCGAGUUGGUACUUGUGAAUGCCUAAUAUUAAACUAAUUGAAAUAUU